AUGCCGAGAUGUGAUGACCACGGUAUACUGAUGGUGGUGGAUUAUAGCACAGUGAUGUUAGCUGAAGCGAUCACGCCCGCAGUCUGGUUUAUAUUCCAUUCAUGGACUAAUGAUCUCACUGACUCUUCUUCUGCAGUAAGAAGUGGUUUGGCUUCUGCUGAAAACCACUGUUUCAAUCUCUCUGGCCUUUGCAAAAGAGACACCUGCAAGAUACAGGAUAUAAUUGGUGCCUACCGAAGACGGUGGAAAUGCUGUCGCCAGUGGUGGAUUCUUCUGCCAAUUCCAACGUCCAUUAUCUAUUCAGAUUAUCAACCACCCAUUAAGUAUAAAUUGAAAUGA